CUGUGGCCUUGGUCUCACACACAGAGCUCGUGAUCUAAACAGGAUCACUUCGCUUUGGCUUUUCAACACCAACAGUUCAACUACGGAGAAGCAGAACCCAAACCAGGAAUUUAGGCGGUUUCAUACGAUGCACAUUGAUCGUUAUGUUGGCUGCAUCAAUAUGCGUAUUGUGUGUGGUCUUUGGGGUGCAGUCUGCUGCUGUGACCACUUUACCUGACGUUAACCUGGGGGACCCAAUCACACUCCCCUGUAAAGACCAUGACCAUGAAGACACACCUGUGGAGCAGCUGGAUGUUCAGUGGCGGCUUGGUGAACAGCUGGUCAUUCGACUGUUCCAAGGCCAGGUCAACUACGGAAUCAACUACAGGAACAGGACUGAACUUCCAGCAGAAGGAUCUAGUCGUGGAGAUUUCUCCCUGAUCAUCACACACACACAGCAUGGAGACAGUGGAGUUUAUCAGUGUGUGAUCAGGAGAGAGAACCAGGAGGAACCUCUGGGAGAAGUUCAGCUCAGGGUGAAAGCCCCCCCUUCUCCCAGUGCUGUGUUCGUUAAGGUGGGUGAGGAGGUGGUUCUGCCCUGCUUUGGUCGUGUGGACUGGUUUAAAUCAGAAGCUGAGCUCGUCCAGUGGUUCAGAGGAGAUCAGCUGGUUCUGCAGUGGGAGAAGGGUUCUCUGUAUGUAGAUCAUCUGUUUACAGACAGAGUGUCACUGUCUAAAGAUAGAAUCCUGAAAGAUGACCUCUCUCUGGUUCUGAAGAACACCAUCCACGAAGACCAGGGUCUUUAUCUCUGCUCAUUUGUGAAAGACCAAACCAUCACACCUGCUGUACAGACUAAUCUCACUGUGACAGACCACCAGACUCGUCUGGAGGUGGGGGCGGGUUCCUCAGUGCUCCUUCCCCUCCAUACAGCAUCUGCAGUGAAAGUGUGGUUCCUGCCUGAUGGAGGGAACGGUACUGUAAGUGUGUGUGAGGUGGAGGAAGACCAGCUGAAGUGUGAAGUGUCUUAUACAGGCCGAACGGUUCUACAUGAAGCCUCCCUGAAGAAGCUGGAGAUCCACUCCGUGGUGUAUUCUGGAACCUUCUCAGUGAUGGAGAGAGAAAGCCACCAUACUGUUAAUGUCCUGUUCUUACAGGUGUUGCCUGCAGGUGAACCUGUGGUAAAUGCAGCAGCAGUGCUGAUAAUAACAGUAACUGUAGUAGUUUUAAUGGGGAUAUCUGUGGCCACUUUUGUGAUCAAACUGAAGAGGUACAGGCGGAGACGUAGCACAUUGGAGCAGGCAGAUGAAGCCCUUCACCAGAAGCCCACUGAUACCACCAGCAUUGAGAUGCCAAUCAGUAAAAAUGAACAGUCUGUCGAGGGCAUCAUAUAAACAACCAAUAGUCUAGUGCCUAUUUCUUUAUACACUGCUCUGAUUCUGUCUACUAAGCUACAGUUCCUGGAGUGGAGGAAUGUAAAUAUUGUAGAAUGAUUAACUAGAAUAUUUCUUUUUUACUCUUUCAUGUAGUCGUGUAGUUCCGGGUCAUUGUUGGUUUUUGUGGAUCUUUACUUUGUAAAGGAAAAAUCUUUCUUUUUUUUUUUUUAAAAGUUACUGUAGAUUAGAUGUCACAAGUUUUUGAUUCGUUUGACGCCCUUGCUGUAGAAAUAUAAACUUUUAUUUCUGCUGUAAACUAAAGAUAGUACUGUGCAAUAAUCAGCUUUUUUUAAUACACCAUAGCAUUAUUAUUAGCAUUCACCAUAGCACAGUAAUACACCAUAGCAUUAUCAUCAAUGUGAGGGGAAGAUAUAUUAAGUGGAGAUACAGUAUAUGAAGCAAUACUGAACCGUCUGUGCAGUGUUCCUGGUAUCCAGCGGUCAGUACUCACAAAAAAUAUGUUCCAAGGAAGCACAAUCAGUAAAACCAGCAACAGGGUCAUGGCUAAACCACCCAAGGCUAAGUGAUUUUUAUCAAGGCUCUUCCCAUCUCACAAGUUGAAGGACGUGGAUUAAAGGAUAUGAUAUAAUAUUAAUCUUUGUACCAUAUACCAAUAUUUUUUAUUAUUUAAUAUUAUUAUUUAUUUGUAUUAAAUAAAGUGUGAUUUUUUAAAUUUUA